GAAAUGUAGUACAGAAAGGGUAUCACCAUACAGCAUCAGUUCAGCGGUGAAUGGUGACGAUUAAGACAUUCAUUUUGCAGGAACAAGUAAGGAAUUUUAUAAAAAUGGGUUGUUUAGAAUUCUUUAAAGACUUUUUCCUGGGUUUUUGGGACUAUGAGACUCCACAAGUUAUGGUGGUGAAGGACAGAAAACUAGGGGUCAUAUACAGAGCUGUGCAGUUCCUGGUGAUCACAUAUUUCAUUUGGUAUGUAUUUAUCAGUCAGAAAGCAUAUCAGGAGACUGAGACGCGUCCAGAGAGCUCGGUGUACACCGAGAUGAGAGGUGUGGCCAUGCUGGGAGACUUCGUUCAGGACACCACAGAAUAUGUCAGACCAUCUGAGGGUGGUGAUGUCAUUAGUACAAUUCUUAGAAGAGAAGUAACGCAUGAUCAGACGCAGGGCGCAUGUGCCGAGCAUUACAGUGUUGCCAAUGCAAACUGCACAAAAGAUUCUGACUGCGCUCAAGGGGAAAUUGAUUUUGAUGGUCAUGGUCAAAGAACAGGACGGUGUAUACCGUACUACAACUACACAUUCAAGACCUGUGAGAUCAAAACCUGGUGUCCCAUUGAGGAAUAUGCUGUUGUCAGGGAACCAGCUUUGGAAAAAGCCAUUAAUUUCACAGUGUUUAUAAAGAAUGCCAUCCAUUUCCCAAAGUUUAAAGUUCUGAGGGGCAAUAUCAAACCAAACAAGCCAAAGAAGUUGCUCCGGUGUCAUUAUCACCCAGAGACCAACCCUUAUUGUCCAGUGUUCAGCUUGGGCUUCAUCGCAGCGCAAGCUAGAGAGAAAUUCAGUGAACUUUGCAGAACGGGCGGAAUAAUUGGCGUGUUAAUUAACUGGAAGUGUGAUUUUGAUGUGGAUCCCUCAAAGUGCAUUCCAACAUAUUCAUUCAGAAGUCUGGACAUGAGAAAAAACCUGCCCAGCUCAGGAUACUACGACAGAUUUGCAAAAUAUUACUAUAAGGAUGGUGUGGAGUACAGAACACUCAUUAAAGCCUAUGGGAUUCGCCUGGAUGUCAUUGUCCAUGGACAUGCAGGAAGAUUCAGUCUGAUUCCAACUAUCAUCAACACAGUCACGGCCAUGACGUCAGUGGGAAUUUGCUCAAUCAUCUGUGACUGGAUCAUGCUGACGUUUAUCGAUAAGAAUGAAGUCUUCAGUGAUAAGAAGUUUGAUGAUGUCUCCAAGCAACCCAGUCAGCCAAUGACAACAGACCUCACGCUUACAAGCUAUGGCUCCACCCACUCUGACCUCUCAGAUGGUGUGCCACUGUAACAUCCUGCCACCACCAAAACCACUCGUCACGGCACGCCAUGCCUAAUAUAGAGUAUAGUGCAAUAUUGUUACCUAAAGGAUUGGAUAUUUUCCUGUCUGAGGAAAAGAAGUGUGGAAUACAGCACAAAAUGCCAUAUCUGAAUAUAGAAAAGCUUCAAAAAACACGUAAAAACACAUAUGUUGUUUCGCUUCAAUAAAUAUUAAACACUGA